CGGCGGAAGUGGCGGGGGCGGUGCCAUGGACAAAGGACUCCGCCUGGGGAAGUGGGGCUGGAGGUACUGCAGCACCCGAUUCUGCCUGAGGCUUGAAUCCCACCCAAGGGACCACAUCUGAGAAAACCCAGCCUGUGUCUGCAGCAUCACCUUGAGUUCCUCGGAUGAUUCAGGAAUGGAGAAUCGUCAGCAGUGUUAAAUAUACACCAUCAACUUAGGAGAUGUCAUCUUUGCAAAGGAAAGGGCUGCAGGCAAGGAGUCUCAGCUCUGAGGAAGAGGAGAAACUGAAGCGGGACCAAGUUUUAGUGUCUGAUUUUAAGCAGCAAAAGCUGGAAAAAGAGGCUCAGAGGAACUGGGACCUUUUUUACAAAAGAAAUAGCACUAAUUUCUUCAAAGACAGACACUGGACCACCAGAGAGUUUGAGGAGCUCAGGUCAUGUAGAGAGUAUGAAGAUCAAAAAUUGAUUAUGCUUGAAGCUGGCUGUGGGGUUGGAAACUGUUUAUUCCCGCUUUUAGAAGAGGAUCGGAAUAUCUUUGCCUAUGCCUGUGAUUUUUCUCCACGAGCAGUUGAAUAUGUCAAGCAAAAUCCUUUAUACGACACAGACAGAUGCAAGGUAUUCCAGUGUGAUCUAACUAGAGAUGACCUUCUGGAGCACGUGCCCCCAGAGUCCGUGGACGUUGUCAUGUUGAUAUUUGUGCUCUCUGCGGUUCACCCUGAUAAGAUGCACCUAGUCUUACAGAACAUUUACAAGGUAUUAAAGCCAGGCAAAAGCGUCUUGUUUCGCGACUAUGGGCUCUAUGAUCAUGCCAUGCUUAGGUUUAAAGCCGGCAGCAAACUUGCAGAAAACUUCUAUGUUAGACAGGAUGGAACCAGAUCGUAUUUCUUCACUGAUGGCCACUUACCCAGCGCCAGCUGUCAGCUCACAAGCCUCCUCUGGUGACAGCGUCUAGUGACUGAGCUGAGUUCGUGGAUAGGCUUGGACACGCCAUGUGGACCACCUGCCAGGAGCUAUGCUGAGGGGCGGAGGGCAAACCAGGCUCUUCAGUAAAGCAGGUAGGGCCGUACAGUGCCAUGAGGUUAGGCACAAAGGCAAGAAAUCUUUUUCUGUAAAAAUGAUUGACUCUUUUUAACUACACAAACUUGAUAUAGAGGGGUCUUUAAAGGGUCAUUUUUGAUCGGAAAACCGUCCAAACACCGAACAUUAUUUUAUUUUAGGUAUUUUGAACAAUAAUUUUAAGCCUGUUUAAUACAGGCAGACAUCAUUUUAUUACACUUUGCAGAUAAUUGUGUUUUUCUCCAGUUGGAGGUUUGUGGCAACCCUGUGCCGAGCAGGUCUGUUGGCACCAUUUUUCCAACAGCAUUUGUUCAUUUCAUAUCUCUGUCACAUGUUGGUAAUUCUCACAAUAUUUCAAACUAUUUCAUUAUUAUUGUAUUUGCUAUGGUUACCUGUGAUGAGUGAUCUUUGAUGUUACUUUUGCGAAAAGAUUUUGAUUUGUUUUAGGCUCGUGAUGGUUCGCAAUAAAGUAUUUUUUAAUUCA